AUGGCACUCCUAGCAUCGACUCCUUUGUCCUUACAACAGACCUACCAAAUCCUCAAUUAUGCAAGAACAUUAUACCCUGCAAUAAUCCUUGGCGUUUUCAUUAUAUCCUUCAUCGUCUUCGGUGUCAUCAACAGUCCUUACGAUGGCGACAAGAUCACUGUUCACGCGAUGCGAGGUCCCGGUGGCCGACCACUACCCAUGCGCCGGAAAUCGAACAAUCAGAUAAAGGAAGCCGUCGCCACCAAAGACUUCUCCCCAAGGACUAAAGCUGCUUUCGCGAUAUUGACUGGAGGGGUCAUUGUUGCGUUUGUGCUUAAUGGCAUUGCGACUCUAAUCCAGGUCAUAACGCUGAUGAACGAUCAUUGGUGGCCUGGUCAAAGUGCAGUGGUAUUCAUCGUUGCUUCCUUUUUUGCCUGGGGGGUAGUCUUUAUCUCAAUUGUUGACACAAAGCCAUCUCCGACAUGGGUUCAUCUUGCCACCUGGUCUAUAGCACUACCCCUCGAACUGAUCAUUUUGGGCUCUGUCCUCCAUAUCUACACACAACCUCAUCACGAACCUGCCAUUGGAGAUCAAGAAGGUGGCAUGCUGCGAGAAGAUGUUACACCAUGGGAAAUAUUCGAAGUAAUUGUCUACUUCGUGCGUAUGUUGCUUUUGUUUGGAUUAGUCGUACUCUAUGCUGUUAUGGCACUGGCCGUGAGGAGAGAAACCGCCAAAGACUCAGGAGAAGGCACAGAGGAUCGUGAGCCACUUCUCAACAACGCUAGCGGCUCUUCACACACUAAUGGUCACACGAACGGCCACGCAUAUGGCACGACCCCAUCAUCUCUGCCUCAUAGCAAGGAGCAGCCCGACGCCUGGGCAAAGCCGACAGAAACUCCUAUGGUCACUUGGUACGCCUAUAUCCGAGGCUUUGCUGUGCUGCUGCCGUAUCUGUGGCCUCGAAAAUCUCUCAAGCUGCAAGGUCUCGCGCUGACUUGCUUUCUGCUCAUGUCGGGCCAGCGCGUUAUCAACGUAUUUGUACCUAUACUAUCUGGCAGAAUUACAAACGCUUUGUCCGGGACUGGUGGACAUGGUGUUCACGCACCUUGGGUCAUUAUUACCUUGUAUAUUGCAGCUAGAUGGUUGCAAGGCAACCAAGGCGUCUUCGGUGCUGCUAGAAGUGUUCUCUGGGUACCUGUCGAACAGUAUUCCUACCGAGCUAUUUCAACUGCCGCGUUUGAGCAUGUUCACGGUCUGAGCGCAGAGUUCCAUACAGGCAAGCGAACUGGAGAGCUGAUAUCGGCCUUGAACAAGGGAAGCUCUAUCAACUCUUUCUUGGAAAUGGUCACCUUCAACGUAGGCCCAAUGAUCUUCGACUUAGGUGUUGCUAUAGUGUACCUCACCGCUGAGUUCGAUGUUUAUCUGGGUCUAGUCGUCGCUAUCACUACUUUCCUUUACAUAUACGUUACCAUUCGCCUAGCAGCCUGGCGAGUCACACUACGUCGAAAUUACACGAACGCCGAUCGAGAAAUGGAGGCUGUCAAGAAUGAUUCAUUACACUCGUGGGACACAGUCAAGUACUUCAAUGCAGAGUCAUACGAGUUCACCCGGUACAGGAAGUCAAUCAUGGCGAUGCAAAAGCACGAGUUCAAUGUUGAGAUGACGUUGGCACUUAUGAACGUUGUGCAAGGCUCUCUGUUCAUGGUUGCACUCUUGGCGGUUUGUUUUAUCGAAGCUUAUCAGGUUGCGGCUGGUUAUUCGACUGUUGGAAAAUUUGUCACAUUACUCUUCUACAUGGCUCAGUUGCAGGCGCCGCUGAACUUCUUCGGAACGUUUUACCGAGCAAUACAGAACAACCUCAUCAACGCGGAGCGCAUGCUGGAGUUGUUCAAGGAGCAGCCGAAUGUCGUUGACAGACCAGAUGCUAAGACCCUCACUGAGUGUCACGGCGACAUCGUCUUUGACCAUGUCAAUUUCAGUUACGACAAGCGCCAGGAGGCCUUGACCAAUUUCUCCUUCCACUGCCCGCCAGGCACUACCACGGCUCUCGUCGGCGAAUCUGGCGGCGGUAAGACAACGGUCAUGCGUCUCCUCUUCCGGUACUACAACCCCGAAACCGGUCAAAUCCGCGUUGACGGUCACGACGUCAACGACAUCUCCAUCGACUCUCUCCGCAGCCACAUAGGUGUCGUCCCUCAAGACUGCAACAUGUUCAACGAAUCAAUAAUGUACAAUCUCCGCUACGCGAACCAAGACGCCACAGACGAACAAAUCUUCGACGCGUGCAGAGCAGCAUCCAUCCAUGACCGCAUCGUUCAAUUCGCAGACGGUUACGACACAAAAGUCGGCGAAAGAGGCGUUAAACUCUCAGGCGGUGAACGACAACGUGUCGCAAUAGCACGAACCAUCCUCAAAAAUCCCAAAAUCACACUCCUCGACGAGGCCACAGCAGCACUGGACACGGACACUGAAGAGAAAGUCCAAGACGCAUUGAAGACUCUAGCUCAAGGCCGAACAAUGCUCAUCAUCGCCCACCGCCUAUCCACAAUCGUGGAAGCCGAUCAAAUCCUCGUAUUAUCAGGCGGCACCGUCGUCGAACGCGGUACACACGCCGAACUCAUCGAGAAAGACGGCAAAUACGCAAGCAUGUGGAGGAAACAGUCGAGAGCUCAAAAAGCCGCUGCAGAGGCCGAAGAGCUGCGAACUCGCGCUAGGAAAGCGAUGGAAGCAGCGGAAUUGGACUCUGCGUCGGUCAGUGAAGAUGAGAUUGACAGGGCGAGGGCAGCGAGGAAUGUGAAGAAGGGACAUAAAAGAGUCAAUUUUAGUCAGAGUAGCGGGACUGGUGGGAGUGGGUUGAGGAGGACGCCGGCAUUGAAUAUUGAUGAUGGAUUGCCUGAGGGACAUCCGUGA